CAAACAUUCGAAUAACAGGAUGACCUUCCUCACCUCCACUGAUAAACAGGCUGUAUGUAUAACAUUUGACUGUUAAGUAACCGCUCCCUGUACGCUACUUAUUACUAAUUAGUCUCUGUUGAUUGCAAAAAAUGGGUGACGGUGAUAAGGAAAAGGAAGUGAAACGUGUUCCCAACUAUGUGAAGUUCAUUUUUGGAGGCAGCGCUGGUAUGCUAGCCACUUGCUUCGUACAGCCACUUGAUUUGCUGAAGAACCGCAUGCAACUGAGUGGACAAGGGGGCAAAGCCAAAGAACACAAAACCAGCUUUCAUCUACUCAAGUCCAUUGUAAGAAAUGAGGGCCUGUUUACGUUGUACACGGGCCUUUCGGCCGGUCUUAUGAGACAAGCCACUUACACAACAACACGGCUGGGAAUCUACACUUGGUUGUUUGAGCUCUGUUCCAAGGAUGGGGUCCCCCCGGGGUUUGCAGCUAAGGCUGGCUUGGGCAUGGCUGCCGGUGUAUGCGGAGCCUUUGUCGGAACCCCCGCUGAAGUGGCUUUGAUUCGAAUGACCGCCGACGGCAGGCUGCCAUUGAAUGAAAGAAGAAACUACAAAAGUGUUUUUGACGCACUUUUUAGGAUAUACCGAGAAGAAGGCCUGCUAACUCUUUGGAGAGGGGCUGUGCCCACCAUGGGAAGAGCGAUGGUGGUGAAUGCCGCCCAACUGGCCAGCUACUCUCAAGCUAAACAGUACUUAGUGAAAACUGGUUAUUUCCAUGAAGGCAUUUUCUUGCACUUCCUGGCAUCCAUGAUCUCGGGACUGGUCACCACUGCCGCCAGUAUGCCAGUGGAUAUUGCAAAAACUAGAAUUCAGAAUAUGAAAACAAUUGACGGCAAGCCGGAGUUCAAAGGCCCGCUGGAUGUGUUAGGCAAGAUUCUCAGAAACGAGGGCGUGUUUGCCCUAUGGAAAGGAUUCUUUCCCUACUACUUCCGUUUGGGACCACACACUGUCCUCACCUUCAUAUUCUUGGAGCAGAUGAAUGGAGCUUAUAAUAAAUAUAUCUUGAAACAGGAGAAUCAGGCAACGUUGUAGCCAAUAUGGAGAAUGCAAUUGAACCACGGAUGUUUGGAACGCUUUAUGGUUAAAGCCUUUUGAACAAAGUGUAUUGAGGAAAUUCAAGAAAGUUCUUAACUGGAAUAGAAUCCUAGUAAUUGAUCCCAAUUUGAAAUAUAUGUAUUUUAGAUAAAA